CCCUCCAUAGGACUACUCUUUAAGAAUCCCCAUUGGAACAUCCUGUGAGCCCUGAAAAGAGCAGCCAAAAUAAAGACAACAAUCCCUGUAAAUGUAUCUUUUUGGUUUUCUAAUAGGCUUUAUUGGGGCCAACUGGGUUUUGGAAAGUUUCUUAGGUCACAGCAAUAAAAAUUUGUGCAGCAAUUCCACAGUGAUGAAUAAUCUUAGGCUACAAACCACUAUUGCGGUGAGAGACACAGAAUUAUAGUCAGGAGAUGGUCCACGUCCUUAACGGAUAUGAUUACGAUAUUUCAUGGUGAGCUAAUGAUAAGGCUGAUUUGAGGCCAAGUUGAAACUUUGCACUAGUGGAGCUAAUGGAUUUGGCUUCUUUAUAGAAUUCUUCGACUUCAUGAGUCCACCAAAAGUCCAAACAGGGGGCAUGAUUGUAUUGGGUGUUUGUGGAUAAUUGGGAUGCAUUUCAUUCACCAGAGUUGCCUCCAAAUGCGGUAAAUGUUGAAAAAUUCAUUGCCUUGGUGAAUGAUAAUUGAAAUUUUUUUGAAACAAAAAUGGUGACUGCGUAGUAAUUUUGAAGAUAAUUGGCUCUCUCUUUGAAGUGGGUUAAUGGUAUCUGCAAUACCCACAUUGAAAAUAUUGAAGAUUGUUGAAUAUUGAGGCCAUGGAGGUUGUAUGCCAUAGCCAGUUACAAAACCGUUCUAGUGAAAUUGCCGGGUGAGAAAUUCAUAGGCAGGUCAGAACAGUAGUUUAGGUUAUGGAGUGCAGAGCUCUGUUUUGGAUUGCAUGUUUGUUUGCCUAUUCAUUGCCCUGGAUAACAGGUGUUGAGGCUCUUACUCAGGAGGCUCAAAUUUUACUGGAAAUGAAGAAAAGUCUGAAGGAUCCUCAUAAUGCGCUGAACGACUGGAAAGAUUCCAUUCAUGCACCUUGCAACUGGAAUGGGAUUAGCUGCGAUGUUACUACAGGUAUGGUCACUGAGAUCACAAUUGAAAACAAAUUUAUAAAUGGUCCUCUAUAUUCCAAUAUUUGCAAAUUGCGAAAUUUGAAGAAGCUUCAAUUGGGAAACAAUACGCUAUAUGGGACUUUACCCCCAUAUAUCAUGAACUGCACCAAUCUUCAGCACCUGAAUCUCACAAAAAAUUCUUUCUCCGGAACUUUACCAGAUUUUUCCCAAUUGAAAUCCUUGCAGAUUCUUGAUGUGACAAACAAUAACUUCACAGGUGAAUUUCCUGCUUCUGUUGGUAAUUUAGCUGAGCUGACUUCCCUCAACCUUGCUGGUAACCCAUUCAGUCCAGGAAAAAUACCCCAGCAGCUCAUGAAUUUGAAGAAACUCGAGGUGCUAUACUUGGCUGACUGCAAUUUGGUAGGAGAAAUCCCAAGUUUUAUUUUUAAUUUUACAGAUCUAGUUCUUUUGGAUCUCUCUUUCAAUUCUCUGGAGGGAUUCAUUCCAAAGGUGAUUUCGAUACUCAGUAAACUCUACCAACUAGAGCUGUAUGACAACAAUCUUAGUGGAAAUAUACCCCCAGAGCUAGGAAAUCUCACAGCACUAAAAUAUUUUGAUGCAUCAAAGAAUAUGUUGAGUGGAAAUCUUCCAGAAGAGGUUGGAAAUUUGAGAAACUUAGUUUCAUUUCAGCUCUACAUGAACCAGCUUUCUGGUCAAAUCCCUGAAACCUUUGGUGACUUUCCAUAUCUUGAAGGCUUGUCACUGUAUACGAACAAUUUCACAGGACAACUACCACAAAAGCUUGGUAGCUUGUCAAAUUUCAACUUGAUUGAUGUUUCUGAGAACCAUUUCACUGGCCCACUACCAAAAGAUAUGUGUAGAGGAGGAAACCUGGAAUACUUUCUUGUUCUUGAUAAUCUUUUUACUGGAGAACUGCCCAAUUCUUAUGAAGAUUGCAAAAGUUUGAAACGUUUCAGAGUGAAUACCAAUAAUCUAACUGGUAAGGUACCCAAAGGAAUUUGGGGUUUGCCAAAUGCCAACAUUAUUGAUCUGAGCUUCAAUAACUUUGAUGGUGAACUUGGUCCCGAGAUCAGCAAUGCAAAGAAGUUAACAGAAUUCUAUAUUAACCAUAAUCAAUUCUCAGGGAUCUUGGUGCCAGAGAUCGGAACGGCCUCAGAAUUAGUCAAAGUUGAAGUCCAGAAUAAUCAAUUUACAGGCUCAAUCCCAAAAGAAAUCGGCAGUUUGAGGAAUUUGAAUGAAUUGUAUUUGCAGGGAAAUAUGUUUGAGGGAUCCAUUCCGCCUGAAAUUGGUUUAUGCACUUCUUUGGUUGUUAUCAACCUGGCAGAAAACCAUUUGUAUGGAUUGAUUCCAGAGUCUUUGGGGUCCAUCGAAGGUCUGAAUUCUCUAAAUCUUUCAAAUAAUCAUCUCUAUGGAUCAAUUCCAAAUAGCCUUGGUACAUUGAAGCUAAGCUUUGUUGACUUCUCCAACAACCAUUUAUCUGGCCCUGUUCCAAAUUCCUUAGUCAGUAACGUGAACAGUGAAAGCUUCUCAGGGAAUCCAGGGCUCUGUGUCAAAAGCUCUAGCAGUAAAAGUCAUCUACUUCAUACUUGUAAGGGUUCUCAUCUCACGAAAGAAUCCAGAAAAAUGAUAUUUAUAUCAGGGUUCAUUGUUGGAACAGCAAUAUUAGUACUAGUGAUUGGUUUGGCACUUCUGUGGAAAAAAUACCAUCAAAACCAAGACGAACCUAGGGAUAAAAGAGGAAGUACACGCUGGAAACUUAAAUCUUUUCAUAAAAUAAGUUUCACUGAGAAGGAUAUUUCUGAAGCUUUGCUAAAGGAAGAGAAUAUGAUUGGAAGUGGUGGAUCGGGCAAGGUUUACCGUGUGGAUUUGCAAAACAAUGUAACUGUUGCUGUAAAAAGGCUUUGCCCAGUGGAGAUUAACAGUAUCAAGCAAAAUGAUCUCAACAAACAGAUGAAUGCAGAAGUGGAUGUUUUAGGGAUGGUUCGGCACAAAAAUAUUGUGAAGCUAUAUUGUAGUUUAUCAAAUGGUAAGUCAAAUCUUCUGGUAUAUGAAUAUAUGGAGAAUGGAAACUUGUUUGAUGCUUUGCAUAAAGUCUAUACAGAAAAGGCAUCAAAGGGAAGAGAUUUGCAUUUGGAUUGGCCAACAAGGUAUAAGAUUGCAGUAGGAGCAGCACAUGGAUUGGCAUAUCUUCAUCAUGAUUGCUUACCUGCAAUUGUUCACAGAGAUGUAAAAUCUACCAAUAUUUUGCUGGAUGACGAUUAUGAGGCAAGGAUUGCUGAUUUUGGUAUUGCGAAAUUUCUUCAAGCUGGCAGAGGAAAGGAUCCCACCGCAGCUUUUGCAGGCACGUAUGGCUACAUUGCUCCGGAAUAUGCAUAUACUUUUGAGGUCACUGAGAAGAGUGACGUUUACAGUUUCGGUGUGGUUCUAUUGGAGCUUGUCACUGGAAAACAACCAGUUGAGCCAGACUUUGGUGAUAGCAAGGACAUAGUUUUCUGGAUUUCACAGAAAAUAUGUUCCCAGCAAGGUGCUUUUGAGGUUCUGGAUUCAAGGAUUUCUAAAUAUUUUGAGGAAGAAAUGAUCAAGGUCUUGAAAAUUGCAGUGCGUUGUACAUUCAAACUCCCAAGACUACGGCCCACCAUGAGAGAAGUUGUAAAAAUGUUGCUGGAAGCUGAUCCCUGCAGUAGUAGUAGUAGUAGUUCCAAGACAACCCAAAAAGAAGGAACCCAAAAGAACGCAACCAUGGACUUUGGCAUGACUGUCAGACAAAGUUCUCAGCACAAACAUUGAAGAAAUAAGCAUUGAAUAAUCUCAGGCUGCAAACCACUAUUGCGGUUAGAGACAAAGAAUUAUAGUCAAGAGAUGGUCCACCGUCCUUCAAUGUAUAUGAUUAUGAUAUUUCAUGGUGAGCUAAUGAUAAGGCUGAUUUGUGGCCAAGUUGAAACUUUGCACUAGUGGAGUUAAUGGAUUUGGCUUCUGUAUAGAAUUCUUCGACUUCAUAAGUCCACCAAAAGUACAAAUGGGGGGUAUGAUUGUAUUGGGUGUUUGUGGGUAACUGGGAUGCAUUUCAUUCACCAGAAUUGCCCCCAAAAGCAGAAAAUGUUGAAAAAUUCAUUGCCCUGGUGAAUGAAGAUUGAACAAAUUUUGAAACAAAAAUGGUGACUGCGUAGUAAUUUUGAAGAUAAUUGGCCCUCUCUUUAAAGUGGGUUAAUGGUAUCUGUAAUACCCACAUUGAAAAUCUUGAAGAUGAUUGAGUAUUGAGGCUAUGGAGGUUGUAUGCCAUAGCCAGUCACAAAACCAUGCUAGUGAAAUCCUCGGGUUGGAAAUUUGAGAAACUUAGUUUCAUUUCAGCUCUACAUCAACAAGUUUUCUGGUCAAAUCCCUGAAAACUUUGGCGAGUCACUGUAUGCGAACAAUUUCACAGGACAACUACCACAGAAGCUUGGCAGCUUGUCAAAUUUCAACAUGAUUGAUGUUUCUGAUAACCAAUUCUCCGGCCCACUACCAAAAGAUAUGUGUAGAGCAGGUAACCUGCAAUACUUUCUCUCUUUAGGAGAACUGCCCAAUUCUAUAUUUGUAAAAUAUUUUAUUUGGAGAUAUUACAACCUUCAACUA